UUAUAUUUCAGGAUGAACUGUUGAGAAUGAACGAUCGUUCAGUACUGUUGCCGUAUGUGAUACCGAUUUUCAAAGAUUUAGUUCUGAUUUUGCUGAGAAAAUGCGAAUAUCCACGUGAUAUGGAGCUUUGUGCCGAAGAUAAGGAGACUUUCCGGUGGUACCGAACCGAUAUUGCCGAUACUCUGGUAUACUGCUGUAACGUUCUGCACGACACAGUGCUGGAAAUACUGCUGAGUCAGCUACAGCUAGCGAUGACGUCACCAGAGAACGCGUGGCAGCCGCUGGAGUCGUGUCUGUUUGCAUUCGCCGCCAUUGCUGAGAACACAGACGAAAACGAGUCGCAGUAUUUGCCGCCAUUCUUCGCUGUGCUGCCAACUCUGCCCUUCGACUCGCUGCACCUCUAUGUUGCCUGCACUGCUAUGGAGCUAGUCGGUUCGUAUUCGAACUGGUUGAACUACCACCCGGAGUUGCUAACUCAUGUGAUACCGCUGCUGUUAAUGGGCCUUAACAACAGUGAAACAGCACCCAGCGCCACUCUCUCACUCAAGGACAUAUCCAAAGAAUGCCAGCUCAAAUUGAAGCCGUACUCUGAUCUCAUACUGCAUACUAGCCGGACGGUGCUGAAUGAGGGCAAAAUAAAGCAGGCAGAAUGCAUAAGACUGAUGUACUCGAUUGGCAAUGUUCUGUCAGUGUUGCCUCUGGAAACAAUUCUCCAUCACCUGGAUACUCUCAUACUACCCAUCAUCAAUCAGAUCAAAACUUUACUCGAACAAGAUCCGACGGUGGCGGUGCGCUCGGACCUACUGCUGCGACUUCGCAUGAUCGGCAUGCUGUUCAGUUCGCUGGACGUGCAAGCGUGCAAGCUGCACAACGAAGAGGGAGGCAGGCAGGAGACAGAGACAGGAGAGAAGACCGGAGACGUUGAGUCGCCGCUGCAGCCUGUCUUCCUUGUCAUGGAGCAUGUCAUCGGCCCCCUCUCUGUUGUCGUCGACAAGUGGGCCAAUGACCUCGACAUUGUUCCGGCCGUGUUCACUUUACUGAAGAAUGGACUGAUCACCCUAUUACAAGACUGCAUGCCUUUUGUUCCGGCCAUGGUUGACAUUAUUCUAAGCAGCUACAAAAAAGUUCCCACCACUGCCGCACUCGAGUUCGCCAAACCGGUCAGUAUAAACGCCUGCUUGCUGGUCAUUCAACCUUGCAAGAGACACAAGUGCUUUGAUGGAAUACAGGAGUUGGACAGAAUCGACAUACUACAACCCAUGAAGAUCCUUCUGCUGCCAGAACUGAUAACGGUGAAAGCAGCCGUCUUCUUCUUCACAGCUGUGAUAUCUCAUAGUCGCGACCAUAACCUGCUAUUGGCAUGUGUGCAACAGUAUGGCGAAAAACUAGUGGAAACUCUUCUCGCUUGUAUAGGCGGUGCAGCAUCUAGAGUAAACAUCGAGCCACUGUCUGACAUUCUUUUGGAACUGAACAAAAAGCACUCGGACAACAUGUCAAGAUGGCUCACUGCGCACCUUUCUCGCGCAGAUUUCCCCUCCCAUCGACCCUCGCUGCAGGUCAAAGCUCACUUCGCCAAAACUGUAGUCAAACAUAAAAACCGUCACAAACUUCAGGAGACCGUCAGAGACUUCUCGCUAGUGUGUAGGGGACUUGUGAACACAGAAUAUGCGGCGUCGCAUAGUGAAACAACCGAGUAAUCAAUCAAUCAUCAUGCCAAACAACAAUCUAAGCUGUGACAAUUUCUAUUUCGUGUGAA